CGCCCCCUCCCCCGGAGGUCCCGGGAGGCGCGAUAAAUGCCUAGCGGGGCCCCGGCCGCCCCAGGAGCAGGAAGGGGCAGGCGGAGCACGCGAGACGCCGGGUGGCAGCGCCGCCCACGGCUCCCUUCCCAGGCGGGGCGUCCUUGAUUUUCUCUUAAGGGAAGGCUUAAGGAGCAGGGGAGAAGAAAAGAGACACUCCGGCCAGGGGACCACAACUAACCACCAAGAAUCCCCUCACACCACUCAUGCAAAUGACGGAGCCGCUAGUGACAAAGGCGGCGGCGAGAGCCGCGCGCGCACAGCCCGCUGAGUCGCGCGACCGCAAAUAUGACAAGCAUCUGAGCUAUUCUGCAACUUGGGGCCGGUUAGCCGGGCAGGCAGGGUCCCGGGGGGAAAUGGGGGGAGAGAAAAUCAGACCCCAAGGCGCGGCGUUCACGCUGCCAGCGGAGCUUUCGAGACAGGCGUUCCGGGAGGGCGGGGGCGGCGCUCCCGCAGCUGAGACCCUCUCCGAUGCCCCGGUCUCAGGACGCACGAGUGGCCCGCAGAGACGUCCGAAUGACAGGAUGGGUGGGGGCUCCAGCUGGAGCUGGGGACAGAAAAUUCCCUUUGCGUGCAGUGGCCUCAGCCCAACACUUGAAAUGGGUCACCAAGUCAAGAGUACCUUCGGAACAGGACGGAACCGAGUUGCAUCCUUCGUGGCAGGCCGCGGCCGUGGUGCAGACCCGGCAGCCGGCCGCCUACCCUGGCAGAGCCCACGCAGCUGGAAAGCGAAGGCCUUGGCUGGUGACAACUCCAGUGCUCCCUUCCUGCCAGAUGCCACUCUGCCAAGACUUGGUGGGUGCUUCUCAGAAACCUCUCUCCUUGUCCCCAGUUCCCCACACGGCACUACUCUCCUGGUGGCCUCUGUACAGGUUGACCCUGUACUUCCUGUCUAUAAACCAUUCUCCCUUCUUGAGCAGUUUACACUCUUCUCAAGGUACUCAGCACUCCGGGCUUCCCUAGGAAACUUCAAUGAAUGUUAGAAAUCAUGCAGCCUCCAGACCAUCCUUGUCCCUGGGAACCAGCCUGGUGAGAGGAAGAGUCCUGGAGUAGGAGUUUGAAGAUCUUGUACAAAUAAAUCUCUUAGCUAUGAUUAAUCAUUGACUUUUUAGUUUCUUAAUCUGCUAUGUCACAGAUUUAGGAUAAGCACUGGUUCCGGUGAAAAGAACACAGGUGGUUGGUCAGAAGAUCUUGGGUCUAGUUCCUCAGCCAGUCAGCAGUGAAGCUGAAUCAGGGCCUUGACAUCAUGGGACCCGCAUCCACACCCCACAAAAUGAGGCACUAGGGCUCAGGGGUUUCUGUAGCCCCUUCCCAGAACUAAGAGUCUAUGAAAAGGUGACUACAAUGGGGACUGCCUUCACGGAGGAGUUUAGAAGAAUAUAAAACCAACUUCACAUCCUAUUUUCUGUGAUACACAUUCUCGUAUCUAUUGUAGAAACGAUCUAAGAUUGUGUACCUUUAAAUCACCUGUGAGUAAAGAGGUCAUUUAAGAGAAGUAUGGUGAUUUCGGGAAUGUAAAUAACGUAUUUAAACCACUUUUUGAAGUCUCAGCUGUAGAAAUUCUACUUUGAGGAGU